UGUAAGGGGACAGCUACAAAACACACUCUGGCUGCAUGGAGACUCCCGAUAGUGAACCGCUUUAAAACAAAUACAUUUGUGUCGUUUUAUAUGUGCAUUUUGAGCGCAGUGGUGUUCAAAAUAAGGUAAAGAACCCUUUGCCUUUGCUGAAUCACUCCGGAAUAAUAUUUAGUUGGCGCACUGGUACUCACACACGUGGGUUGUCUGAGUGUGUUUUGGUGGUGGAAAAGCUCCUCAAAACCACUGUUGGUACAGUUUGGACCAUGUUAAAAUCCAAAACAUUUGUGAAGAAGACCCGCUCUGGUGGAGUGUUGAAAAUAGUGCGCGAACAUUACCUCCGAGAUGACAUCUGGUGUGGAAGUGAAGUUUGUAAGGAGUGCAAAGAUGAAGCUCCAGUGCUACAAGAGGACGCGUGCAUAGAGAGUAACCUGUGCUCGUAUCCUCACUAUUUAAUCCCAGACACCAAUGUGGUUUUACAUCAGCUUGACAUCCUCGUGGACCCUCUGAUCAGGAACGUCAUCAUUCUUCAGACCGUUUUACAAGAGGUCAGACACAGGAGCGCCACGGUCUACAAAAGAAUCAAGGACGCUAUUCAUGAGAAGGAUAAGCACUUCUACACCUUCACUAAUGAGCAUCACAGGGAGACAUUCGUUGAACGAGAGCAAGGGGAAAGUGCUAACGAUCGUAAUGAUCGAGCCAUCCGUGUCGCUGCUAAGUGGUACGCUGAUCACCUGGCUAAAGUGGCCGAUGGUGGUCUACUGAAAGUGGUUCUGCUGACCAAUGACCGGGCUAAUAAAGAAAAGGCAGAGCAGUGUGGUCUGAUUGUGUACAAAUGUGAAGAGUAUAUAAAGAGCUUGAUUGGCAAUCCUGAGCUUGUGGACAGGCUUGCAUUGACGGCUGAUGAUCAAAAUGAAAACACUGGCAGUAAGUUACUCUUUCCAGAGCACCUGCCCUUAUCCAGGAUUCAGACUGGCAUUAAGAACGGAACGUUUCUUCAGGGCACAUUUCAUGCCAACAGAGAUAACUAUCUGGAGGGUACAGUCUUUAUACAUCGAGAGGGGGCGGAUAUCAAUGAGGUUCUACUUCGAGGCUUUCAGAACUUAAACCGGGCUGUGCAUCAGGAUGUAGUGGCUGUUGAACUCCUACCCAAAGAACACUGGGUUGCUCCAUCAUCUGUUGUGCUGCUGGAUGAUAGUCCAAAUGAUGAAGAUGCUGAGGAAGAUGAGACUGAGAAUAAGUUGAAGAGUGAAGCAUCGGAGCUUAGCGCUCUUAAACCCACUGGACGAGUGGUGGGCAUUAUAAAGAGGAACUGGAGGCCUUUCUGUGGUAUGCUCUCACAGUCACAGAUCAAAGAGGCAACAAGACACCUUUUCACCCCAGCAGACCGACGAAUCCCACGUAUUCGAAUCGAGACUAGACAAGCCGCGACUCUGGUUGGACGGAGGAUUAUGGUUGCUAUAGAUGGCUGGCCUAAAAACUCCAGAUACCCAAACGGACACUUUGUUAAAAACUUGGGUACUGCAGGAGAUAAAGAGACCGAGACCGAGGUGCUUCUCCUAGAACAUGAUGUUCCUCACCAGCCUUUCUCUCAGGCUGUUCUUAGCUUCCUUCCCAAGAUGCCCUGGAGUAUUUCUGAGGAGGAGUUAAAGGUCAGAGCAGAUCUCAGACACCUCUCUGUGUGUAGUGUGGAUCCUCCUGGCUGUACGGAUAUUGACGAUGCUCUUCACUGUCGGGAACUGGAGAAUGGAAACUUGGAGGUUGGCGUUCACAUAGCAGAUGUCAGCCAUUUUAUACGGCCAGGAAAUGCACUAGAUCAAGAGGCAGCAAGCCGAGGCACUACAGUCUACCUUUGUGGAAAGAGAAUUGACAUGGUUCCUGAACUUCUGAGUUCCAACUUGUGCUCUCUGCGGUCCAAUGUUGAGAGGUUAGCAUUUUCUUGUAUUUGGGAGAUGAACCACAAAGCUGAAAUCAUCAAAACUCACUUCACAAAGAGCAUCAUUAACUCCAAGGCCUCCCUUACAUAUGCCGAAGCUCAGAUGAGGAUCGAUGACUCCACCAUGGAUGAUGACAUUACAAAGAGUCUGCGGGGCCUUAAUAAACUGGCCAAGAUCCUAAAGGCCCAGAGGAUUGACAAAGGAGCACUGACCCUCUCCUCUCCUGAAGUACGUUUCCAUAUAGACAGUGAGACGCACGACCCCAUAGAUCUGCAGACCAAAGAACUGAUGGAGACUAAUUCUAUGGUGGAGGAGUUCAUGUUGUUGGCAAAUAUCUCUGUAGCGCAGAAGAUCUAUGAUGAGUUCUCAGAAUGUGCCCUACUCAGAAAACACCCUCCACCACCACCAUCCAACUAUGACAUCCUCAUCAAGGCUGCAAAGUCAAAGGACCUUGUCAUCCAUACAGAUUCAGCUAAAGCGCUAGCCGAUUCCCUGAACAAUGCAACGAUUGAGAACUUUCCAUACUUCAACACUCUGCUGAGGAUUCUGGCCACCCGCUGCAUGAUGCAGGCUGUGUAUUUCUGCUCUGGCAUGGACAAUGAUUUCCACCACUAUGGCUUGGCAUCGCCCAUUUACACACACUUCACAUCACCCAUCAGAAGAUACUCUGAUAUCAUAGUUCACCGUCUGUUAGCGGUGGCUAUUAAUGCAGACAACACUUACCCAGAUUUGAUGGACAAGCAUAAGCAGUCGGCCUUGUGCAGCAACCUCAACUACAGACACAAAAUGGCCCAGUAUGCACAGAGAGCCUCUGUGGGAUUCCACACUCAGUUAUUCUUCAAGAAUAAAGGAAUCAUAAAUGAGGAAGGCUUCAUUCUGUUUGUUAGAAAAAAUGCCAUCAUAAUUCUCAUUCCUAAAUUUGGUUUGGAGGGCACUGUGUUCUUUGAGAACAAGGACAAACCCAGUCCUCAUCUCAACUUUGACUCUGAGGGUCCAACUCUCAAAGUGGAAGAACACACUUUCCACAUAUUUGAUAAAGUCAAAGUGACAAUAAGCCUCGAUGCUUCCAACAUCCAGCAUCAGAGGAUCAGAAUGGCACUCAUUGAACCAGUGAUCCCUGGGGUUAGUGUACCUGUGCCUGAAUUGGAACCAGAGGCCAAAAAACCCAGGCUUGACCGCUGACAACUGUGGACCAAGAAGCAGAGUAGUACUAUAAAAAUAAAAAUUAAAUGAAAAGAUUUUCAGAUCAGACACAAGGUAGUUUCAAGGGAGCCUCGAGUGAAUUCACAAGUGAAAGAAAUUUAUAUGAAAAGGUUUUAGUAGUUUUUUUUUUCUGUUUUUUUUUUUUUUACUUGCCAAUACACCAAUCUGUGAUAAACUGUAUAAUUAUCAUUUGGAACGGUAAUUUUUGGAUAUAUGGAUUAAUUUUCAGUGAAAAUCUCAUUAAAUUUUAAAUAUGAGU